AUGAAUCAAGACAACUACUAUCGUCAGCUUGGUCUCACUGAUGAAGAACUCGACACAUUGCAAGAGGCCUUCCAUCUCUAUGAUAUCAAGAAAAAUGGCUACAUUAGCGCUGAGCAAUUCUCCCAUAUCUUGCUUGAACUUGGUAUUGUGAAAUCUGGUAGCGAGGCUCAAGACCAACAGCUUGCUCAUAUUAUCCAGUCUGCUGAUAUAAAUCAUGAUAACAAAAUCGACUUUAACGAGUUUGUUCUGGCCAUGUUCCAUUAUAUGCCACACAAUACCUGCUCUCAACAACCACAAAUCAACUACAAUCACAGCCAGCAGCAAGCAUUCUCUGAAAAGGGCACAACAGACGAAGAACUGAUGGCCUGCUUUCAAUUCUUUGAUCAAGACCAUGAUGGCCGCAUCAGCCAAAAGGAGCUUGAACAAGUCAUGAUUCGCUUCGAUACACAUUUAACACCAAGAGAACUGAAAGAAAUGAUGUCCACUGCGGAUAUCAAUAGAGAUGGUUUCAUUGAUUUUGAAGAAUUUAAACAACUUUUGCCACCAUUAUGA